CUUUGAAGGAACUUCAAAUUGAAUACAAUUUCUUUGAAGUUCUGGUACAUAUUUCUGCAAUAAUUCAAACGAAAAAGAUUUGAAGGUUAAGUCUCGUGUUUUUGUGAGAGAGAUUUUAAAAUGGUUAUGUGCUUUGCUCCUGACUGCAACCACUAUAGUGAGAGGAAAAUAUGUUCCUUCUUUCGUUUCCCAAAAGAUCCAAAUUUACACCGAAAAUGGGUUUCACUAAUCAGGUUUGAAAUUUCUUUAUUUAAUGACUGGUAGUGUUGUUAAUGGUUUUAUUUAUUUCAGACGGGAGGACAGAAGUCCGACACAAUGGUCACUGAUUUGUUCAUGCCAUUUUAUAAAUGGUGACAAGAACAAUUUGCCAAGCUUAUUCAAGCACAACGAGAAAAAGCUCUUCACGUUUCAGUCUCCAGAAAGAAAAAAGAGAAGAAAUCUCUCCGAAACCAAGGAAUCUCAAGAAGGAAGUGGAGAAGUAGAAGUUACAUCCUCUAUAACAGAGGAUACUAAUAAGGAUAAUGAUAAUUCAACGGUAUGUGAGGAACUGGUUUCAGUCACUGAAACGGGUGAUCGAAAUGAGAAAUAUUUUACUGAUAGUUCACCAGUAUGUGUUGACCCUUCCUUACCAGGGCCAUCUAAUGCAGGUGCAAGUGUUUCUACUGAGACUCAGCAAGGAAAAAUGCCAACAUUUUCAGGACUGCAAGAAGCAGAACUGUAUUUUUUGAAAAAGGAAAAUGAAACACUUAAGAGACAACUGCAGAAUCUCUCAAACAGGUUUUCUUUUGAAGUUAUAAAGGAUGAUAACAAACUUGUGAAUAUGUACACUGGAUUGCCUACAGUGUAUAUAUUUGAUUGUCUGUAUGAUUUGUUCGAAAAUUUGACGUUGAAUUAUACCCAAGGGUGGACAGUAGGUAUCAUACCAAAAAAAGAUCAGCUACUAUUAACUUUAAUGAAACUGAGAUUAAACUUACUCCAUAAUGAUUUGGCCUGUAGGUUUAAUUGCAGCCAAGCAACUGUUUCAAAUAUAAUAUCAACAUGGGUUUAUGCUCUCCAUGAAAUUAUAUUUCUACAACUAAUGGGCAGUAUACCUUCCAGAAUCAAGAACAAGCAGUGUAUGACAGCGUGUUUCAGUACAUUUACUAAUUGUCGGAUUGUACUAGACUGCACCGAAGUCAAGUGCAUAAAGCCUUCUUCCUUAGAGAAGCAAAAGUCCACAUACAGUUCUUAUAAACAUCAAAACACUGUAAAGGGUUUAAUUGGUGUUGCUCCAAAUGGUGUGAUAACCUUUGUAAGUGACUUAUGUAUAUGCAGGAUCGACGUCAGAUAA